CUAAAUUGAUCACUUCAACAUUUUUUUCUUAGUUUUCAAGUCAAGAGUGACGUUUGAGAUGACGCUUUCAUGCAACUAUAGUUCAAUAUACAAAUCAUAAAACCUCUUUUAAACCCUUAAGAAAAACACAAACUCUAUUACUAUAGAUAAAAACACAAGAAGGAACUUAGUUGUAUGCUCCUUCAGUAACAGAAAGCGUAUGAAGAUUGAAACUGUUUCUGGAGAAAGGAAAUCACGCAAGAGACGCAGUGGCGGAAGAAGGGAUUCAGUGGAAGAUACUCUUGAGAAGUGGAAGAAAUACAACAAGCAGCAACAGCAAAAACUUGGUUGUGGAGAUAAUGGAGCUGAAAAGAUUCAUAAAGCUCCAGCAAAAGGUUCGAGAAAAGGGUGCAUGAGAGGUAAAGGUGGUCCUCAGAAUUCAGAUUGCAAUUUCAGAGGAGUUAGACAGAGGAUUUGGGGUAAAUGGGUGGCUGAGAUUCGCGAGCCGAUCAAUGGUAAACAUGUUGGUGAGAAAGCAAAUAGGCUUUGGCUUGGUACUUUCUCUACAGCACAUGAAGCUGCUCUUGCUUAUGAUAAAGCAGCUAAGGCUAUGUAUGGACCUAGUGCUCGUUUGAACUUUCCUAAUGGAUUGCCACCUUCAUCAUCAAGUGGUGGUUCAGGUUCUAUUGAUUCAUUGAAGGGUGAGGAGGAUCUUGCAAAAGCUGAAGAGUUGGAGGGUAAUCUUCAUCAGUAUGAUAAAGAGAAUAAGAUUCUUGCUAAAAAAUUUGUUGCUGAUGGCGACUCAGUAGAGGAAUUGAAGGAAGGGAUAAUAGCUGGUACUGUCCAAUGUAAAACCAACAAGAGAUGUAAGAAAACUGUUCAUCAAGAGUCCUACAAGAAUGUUAAAUCAGAAACACGUGUAGAAAAUGAACUGCCAGAGAGUGAAUCAGAGAAGGUUUUGGAGAAUUCUGACAUGGGUGGAGAGUGUUAUCAUGUACAGAAAGAGUCUAUAGAUUCAGCCAUGAACUCGGGAUCUUCUGAUAGAGCGGAAAAUGGGAUUCUGGUGAAGAGUGAAGAAACAAGUAGAGGAUCAGUUGAGGAUUUGAAAUCCUUUGAGUUGAACUGCAACAACAAUUUCUUUGGAAACCUGCACAAUAUGCUUCCAGAUUUCAAUCCAAUACCAGAUUCUGAGAGUUUUAACAUCAGAACCGAGGCUUCCCUUGUAAAGAGACAUAAGAAGGAAGUAAUUGGACAUUUCUUAAGCCAUGAUCAGUCACAAAAUGAGCAAAGUAAAAAUGGACAUUUUGAUGGGAUGAAAAAUGAGCUUAAGGGAUUGGAAUGCAAGCUGAGAGGCCAAUCUAUUGAUUGCAAUAAUUAUGAGGCUCAGAGAUUACCUUGCGUGCAGGGAGUUCAUUUGUUUGGUGGUGCCAGUGUUGGACCAACCGAUAGAAUGUCCCAAGUUGAGGCUUUGAACAACAAUACUAAUAAAAGCACUAAUUUAAAAGAGAGAGGAAACAAUGGAAGUGCACCUUAUGGAUUUAGUUCAGGGCCAAGUAGGAAGUUGAGUGAUCUUUCUCAACAGCUGCAGAAAUUGGGUGGUUACUUGCCUGAAAAUUGGAAUAAUAUGCAGUUUGCAGAUCUUGAAGUUGGUUAUGAUUAUAGUUUCUUGAAACCUGAUUAUGAUUUUGGCUUACUAGAAGAGAAGAAGUUACUAGAUAUAUGUUUUUCACAUAUAGGAUCUUAAGGUGGAUCUUAAGGUUUCUUGCUGUUUACAUGGUUUUUUAUUUUUCACUUUGGUGGGUUUAUUUGUAGCAGGGUCUUUUUUUCCCACCUCAGUGAUUUAAAUAAUACCAUGUUUCUGCUUUCUAUUCAGCAUCUCAGUCAUGUAAAGAUGCUUUGUGUACUAUGAAUUUUCCAUUGAAUUAUAAUUAUAACUAUGAAUAUGA